AUGAAUGAAUACAUUCGUAGACCACCGCCUAUCCGAAAGGUUGAACAAAUAGAUAAACAAGUUGUCAAGAUGGUUACCAAAAGACAUCACGCUUUACGAAUAGUUGAAGAAACAGAGAUGCGAAAACUCAUCGAAUUGGUUUCUCAUUGCCCAGGCUACCAACUCCCAAGAAAAACUUUAUCAGAAAAUAUAAUAUCGAGAAUACAUGAAGAAAUAAAAGCCGAUGUAUUAAAUAAAGUGCAAGCUGUAACUGCGUUGUCUCUCAGUACCGAUGGUUGGACGUCUAGGAAUAAUGAAGGUUUUAUAGCCAUUGUAGCUCAUUUUAUAGAUGAAGAUACGAAACUUCAAUGGGCUUUACUUGGAUGCAUAAAUUUUGAUGAAAAUAUAUAA